AUGGAUAAUAAUGAACACAAGGAGAAUCAGGAGAAACAAUAUAUAUGCAUUGAUCCCAAAUGCGAUUAAUCGAGCAGACUAUUUAAGGCAAAAAAUGACAUUCACCCUCAUAAGGCUCACGAUUAUCAAGUCUACUCAGAGUUCUAGAAACUGAUCCGUGCUUAAUUCCCACAACAAAUCAGGGAAUAAAUUAAUUAACAAUUUAACAAGGAUGAACUCGUAAAGGCCAUCCAAAGUCGAUCUGUCUAGAUGCAUGAGUCAGUUAAGAUCUUUGAGGAAAACUUAAUAAAAACCAUCGAGGCUUAUGAUGUUUUAGGAGCAGAUAAGGCCUCUAUUAAUCAGGCAUUAAGUCAAUUGAAUGAAUCCAAUCCUCCACAAUAACUCAAUGUUCAAGGUCUUUUACAUGUCUUAAAAAUCAACAAGUUGGGACCGCAAAAAGUGUUAGAAAAGUGGAAAAGGGAAAACGAAAUCAUCCUAAAAGAAUUGAAUACUUAAGCAGAAUCAGCGUUGAAAACAUUAAGCAAUGCUACUCUAUAAAGUUACAUGCAUAUCUAACAUUUGUAGAGUCCCUUAAUUUUAUAAAAAAUGCAUUUUGCAUGGAGUCAUAAUUUCAAAGCCAGUUCUGUGACAAUUAGAGAGGAAGCUGCAUAUGAGAAAGGAAAUGCUAUGGGGUUGAUUUGCAUCCAGCAAUAACUUGAGAAGGAUCAAAUACAGAGUCUAACAAUAGACUUGAAGGAAAGAGGAGGAAAUUUGUAUAUCGGAGUUAUGGAUAUAAACGAACGAAAACAAAAAGGAAGAAGAGCAUUUAGUUUUCAUGACUGGAAUGAGUCCGGCCAUGGAUUGUAUUUGAUUUAUCAUGGAGGGUGUAAUGAAUCAAUAAUUAAUUUAGAUGUAUUUAGUUCAAAUGAUCCAUCCAUAAAUACCAAAAAGGUUGGCUUUAAUUUUGAUUAAAAUGAUAAAUUAAUACUCACUUGGAAUGGUCCUGAACACAGUGUUACAAUCUUGAAGGUAGGAAGUAGUCAUUAAUUUGCUUUCAAAGUAAAUCCAGACGGCUAAUAUCACUUUGCUGUUGGACUAUUUAAAUGCGAAGUCAGAUUGCUUGAAUGA